UAGUCUUUAUAUUUCUAUUUGUGAAAGUUUUUUAAAGCGGUGUCGAAGCGUCUUUAGAUAUUUCUUUAAUAUUUAUUACGUACUAAUUAGCCAUUAAAUAUUACCUUUUUAAUGUACAAUAUUGUUGAAUAUAAUAAGUUUUAAAUAUAAUGUAGAAUAAUUAUACUUUAGCAAGAACUUUUUAAAGGAAACAUAACCUAUGUUUAUCUUUUGCAAUGGAUCUGCAUUUCAGAGGUGUUUUAGAUUAUAUUAAAAAUUUCUUUACAACUGAUAAUGAAAGAAAUAGAAAAAGAAGAGCUGUACCAGAUCUAAAUAUUGCAUUAAGCCCAAAAAUCGGCAGAUACUCUCCAUACUAUACCAAAGAAAGAAUUAUUCCUAUUGAGAGAGAAGAUAAAUGGUUUUCGUCUACAAAGACGUCCAUAAAGAAAUCUCCCCGGUUUCAAAAACCUUAUAAGUCUCCCAUGAAACCAUUUAAAGUCAUCGAUACAGUGAAUUUAGAUGAUAAUGAUACAUUGGAUAUUAGGAAGCCUAACUUUAGGCCUGAAUGUAGAAGCAAAAUAACUUCUUCCACGCCAUUAGAAACCAGAAAGAGUUUAUAUAUGAAUGGAAAUUCUACAAGAAAUGAUGAUGAAGAUGACGUAAUUUUUGUUACCUCGCCUGAACAAAAGCGAGAUGAGGCUAGAUUGGCAGGUUUUACCUAUAUUAAACCCAACUUCAAAGAGGAUAAACCACUGUUUCAUAUUGGAUCGGGAAGUGUACAAAACGGAACAAGACCAAAGGAUCGCAGCAAAUUAAAUUUUUCAAGAUCCUCACAAGAUAAUUCGUUCCUAAACUACUCCUACAGAUUAGAUGAUAAAUUAAAAUACAAGAAACUCUUAGAGCAAGUGAGUGGUUCUUCUUUUAAUUCUUCGGUCUAUCACACACCACAAGGAAAAUUGUUUGAUUCUUAUGACAAGAAAAAUAUAGGGGACAGAUCGAUUGAUAAACCCAAGGAAACUACGAAAGAGAGAGUUUUGAAAGUAUUGGAUAGUUUGGAAAAUGAUGCUGUGGUUGUUAAAGAUUCCGAUUCUGAGGAAAGUGUGAUUCUAGUGAAUCCGCCAUCUCCAAAACCAGACAUUAAAGUUGACCCUGUAAAUAGUUUUAAGAAAAUCGUUGAUACCUCUAAGUUUGCAAAGAAAGACUGGCUGGAUGAUAUUUUGGAAAAGCACAAGCAACAAGCGGAAAUUCGCCAGAAGGAAAUAGAUGACUUAAGAAUUUGUUCCAAGAAACAAGAAGAAAUCAACAAGGACAUAAACAUAGAACUUCUGAGGCGCAAAGUAAACGAUUGUUUACAACUUAAAGAUGUCAUUCUUCCUGUUAUCGAGUCGGAACCAGAAACCGAACUACCACCGCUUACUGAAAAACAACAAUAUAUGGUCGAAAGAGCGUUUAGAGGCGAUCCUAGCGAAGUCUUGGCCAGGAAAUUCAACCUUAACAUAGCUAGGAGGGAUCUGCUCACUUUGGCCGGGCUAAAUUGGUUGAACGACGAAGUCAUCAAUUUCUAUAUGAAUCUCAUCAUCGACAGGGCGAAGGAUUCCAAAUGGCCGAAGAGUUACGCUUUUAAUACGUUUUUCUAUCCGAAACUCAUUAGCAGCGGUCCACAGUCUCUGAGAAGAUGGACGAAAAAGGUGGAUUUGUUCUCUUAUGACCUUGUGUGUAUACCGAUUCAUCUUGGUAUGCACUGGUGUAUGGCUAUCAUCGAUUUUCGGGAAAAAUCGAUAAGAUACUAUGACAGUAUGGGCGGCCCGAACAACAAAUGCCUAAACGCGUUGGCCAAUUACCUGGUAGCGGAACACCUCGACAAAAAGGGAUCGAAGUACGACGUGAGCGACUUCAUUUUGGAAAAUAUGGACAACAUUCCGCAGCAGAUGAACGGCAGCGACUGCGGCAUGUUCUCCUGCACGUUCGCCGAGUUCAUAACGAGGAACGCGAAACCCACGUUUAAACAGGACGACAUGCCAUAUUUGAGGAAGAAAAUGGUGGUCGAAAUCUUAUCCGGCGAGCUGUUGAUCAAAUAAAGUCUACGUAACAAACUUGGUUCGAUUUGAUAUUUUUUAGGUUAUGUAACAUCCACAGACGUAUUAAAUGAGAGACAGUAUAAUUUAUAGAGUGAUGUCCUGAUUUGUUUACACCAUAUAAAUUUUAUUUUCCUAGA